AUGGUCACUCUGCUAGUAGAGCUUGCUGCAGUGCCAGCCAUUAAGGUGAAGGCCUCUCCUGAAACACACAAACAGAGCUGUAUAAUCAGAUGUCCAGUUGGUCACACAUGUGUUGCACAUUCUGAGAAGGAUAGGCAUGAAACUGUCAGAGGAAACACUGGUCUUUUAGUUGUUACUAGUAAAGACAAAACAGACAAGACACACAAAUAUAAAUACUAGAUCACAUAACUGAGCAGAUAAUAUCCAUAGUAUUAUGUUUGUUUUUUGAUGCCUUGUUGUGUUUCAGAGUAUUCCUGUGGUUAUUAAUGGGGUCCAGUGCGGUGAUGCUGAGACUGUGACCAGAGCACUAGAGGAAUCCAGCCAGGCCAUGCAGGGCAUGACAGAUGCACUUAAACUGAUGCAUGGUACUACAGCUGAAACAAAUUAGAUGUUUUACUGCAUUGACAUUCAGUCCAGUUCACCUGCAUUCUUAGCAUAUAGAUGUCUCUUAUGUUGUUCCAGUGUAUGUCAAGCCAGAAGUCUUCUAUGGCAUUAUGAGGAUCUAUCUUUCUGGGUAGGUACUGAAUACCCCUAGGCCUAGACGAUACAAAAUGAGUUUGUAUGUCUGAUAAAAGUUAAUGACGCAUAUAAAAUACAUAUAAUAUAUGACGAUAUACUGAGAAUACCAAACAUUAGGAACACCUUCCUAAUAUUGAGUUGCCCCCCCCCCCCCUUUGCCCUCAGAACAGCCUCAAUUUGUCGGGGCAUGGACUCUACAAGGUGUCAACAGAAUUCCACAGGAAAGCUGGCGCAUGUUGACUCCAAUGCUUCCUAUAGUAGUGUCAAGUUGGCUGGAUGUCCUUUGGGUGGUGGACCAUUCUUGAUACACACGGGAAACUGUUGAGCGUGAAAAACCCAGCAGCGUUUCAGUUCUUGACACAAACCAGUGCACCUGGCACCUACUACAAUACCCUGUUCAAAGGCACUUCAAUCUUUUGUCUUGCCCAUUCGUCCUCUGAAUGUCACACACACACAAUCCAUGUCUCAAUUGUCUCAAGGCUUAAAAAUCCUUCUUUAACCUGUCUCCUCCCCUUCAUCUACACUGAUUGAAGUGGAUUUAACAAGUGACAUCAAUAAGGGAUCAUAGCUUUAACCUGGAUACACCUGGUCAGUCUAUGUCAUGGAUACUCAGUGUAUUAUAUACCUGUAUGUGUUUGGGUCAGGUGGAAAGACAACUCCUCCAUGCCAGCUGGGUUGGUGUAUGAGGGCGUCCAGGCAGAGCCUAUGGAGUAUUCUGGUGGGAGUGCUGCCCAGAGCAGUCUGCUGCACUGCUUUGAUGAGCUGCUGGGUGUCAAACAUGAAGCAAAGAGUGGUAAGAAAGCAAAGGUCCAGAGGAGUCAGUGCAUAGAAAAAAUAUUACCACACAAAAAUCCAUCAAUGUUAUGCAGAGAUAUGAAUGGCUGCUUUAACACAUACUUUUUAACAGCCGUUUAUUUAGGCAAUAAGGAAAUGUUCAAUUAGAACCACAAAGAGUUUUUGAGGAGGGGGGUGGGGUGUGGGGACGUGUUAUACAGACGUCUACAACAUGCAUUGGCAUGGCAUUUUAUUCUACAUAGAAAUCUUUCUUUACACUUAGGUAUCCUAAAGACGUAAUAUCCAGUGAGGGUGAAUGUGCUAUCUACUUGUACAGGUGCCUUUCUGACCCUUAUGAGGAACUACAUGCCCCCUUCCCACAAGCGUCUGAUCCAGGACAUCUCUCUGCAGCCCUCCCUGCGAGGCUUCGUCCAGCAGCAGGCCUGUGAGCCGCUGACCGCAGCCUUCCAGCUCUGUGUGACCAAGCUGCUGGCCCUCCGCAGUUACCACAUCAAUGUGGUCAGCCGCUUCAUCACUGUGCCUGCUGCCCGUGCCCGACAGCUCCGAAAACAGGGAAACAGUUCCCAGGAGGAGACUGUCAGCAGGGCGCCCACGGCUCUGGAGGAGACGGGCACCGGCGGCUCGGGCAUCAUGAGCUUCCUCAAGACUGUAAGGGACAGCACACGGGACGUCUCCCUGCCUCUGGACAACAGGGACAUGCAGAAGAGCCCAAACGGAUCACAGCUUCAAAACACACAACACGCAACACAACCAAAACAUCUGCAAUCUAACACACUUUAGAGACACUUUAAUACCUAUGUUUAAUACAUUUAUGAAAUGACUGGAAAUUAUAAGAGCUUUGUGCAUAACCUGUUGCUCUAUCAAGGUUUAAUGUCUGACUAAACAAGUCCCAGUGUUAUUGACUGUAGAAAUGAUGUCACUCUUUCAGUCCAAACCUUAAUUUAAACCAUCAGUGUUAAUUUCCAUUAAAUGCAACCACUAAUUUCUUAAUUUAAUCUAAAAUAUAAUGUAAAAUAUGUAUUGGAUGACUAGUCCAGACCGACUGUGCUCAUACCACAAUCCCCAAUUCCUGCAUCACAGUCUCAUGCAAGAAAUCUCGCACUUAUCCCCAGGGAAGUUAUUUUUAGAGUCAGACUGAGGAAAGUUUAGAAAGUUUAGCUUACCAUGAUCUGAGGUCCAGACUGUUAAUACGUACAACCAGGGUUAUACUUAACCAUAAUCUGAAUAUUGAUUUAAUAGGUCACCAUUACAUACAGUCAGGGUUU